AUGCAAAGUGCUUUAGUAGGCUCCUGGCACAACAAUGGCUUCUAUGGGCACUACAGAGGCCAAUUCAAGGGUGAAAGUUCUCGAGAAUACCGUCUUGCAGCCAAGCCCCAGCCUCCAGCAGUGUUCCUGCAGCGAUGUCAGGAGCCAGCGCAGCAACAUUUCUUCUCCAAGCAUGACAACCGUACUUCUUUCGACAGAGGCCCUUAUUGCCUGCUCCAGGGAAUUGGAAGGCGGAAAGACCUGGAGCGCCUGUGGCAACAGCACACCUUCCUGCGCUGGGCACCCUGUGAGUUGGAGUUGCAUCAACAGCGGCCCCUCGAAUCCUCCUACCAGGCUGAUUUACCGGUCUAGGGCCCAGGGACUCAUGAACUCCCCCAGCGCCUUGUCCACUUUGCACAGAUCCAGCCUCCCCGUAUCUGCACCACUUACCAGCAGAAUUUCUGCCAGCCAUCCCGGGGUGGCCACUGUGGCAAUGACAACAUGGGGCCACAGGCCCGGGUCACGGACACAUUGCCUAACCUCCCAGGGACCCCAAGACCCAAGCUGCUGCAGCAUUACCUUCAUGCUGGGGUCUCCGAGUGUCUAAACUGGUCCAGAACAUUAAACAAGGACAGCUGA